GAUGUGAACACCGCUGUCAUGGAGCUGCUGAUAAUGGCGUAUGCACUGAAGACUUCCUGUGCCAGGAACAUCAUUGGGGUCAUCCCCUACUUCCCCUACAGCAAACAGAGCAAAAUGAGGAAGAGAGGCUCUAUAGUCUGCAAGCUGCUGGCCUCAAUGCUCGCCAAGGCAGGUUUAACACACAUUAUCACUAUGGACCUUCAUCAAAAGGAAAUUCAAGGCUUCUUUAGCUUCCCAGUCGACAACCUGAGAGCAUCCCCUUUCUUGCUUCAGUAUAUACAGGAAGAAAUUCCAGAUUACAGGAACGCAGUUAUUGUAGCCAAAUCUCCUGAUGCAGCUAAAAGGGCUCAGUCCUACGCUGAGAGACUACGGCUGGGACUAGCAGUGAUCCAUGGAGAGGCUCAGUGUACAGAGCAGGACAUGGACGAUGGACGUCCCUCCCCUCCGAUGGUCAAAAAUGCAACUGUGCGUCCUGGUCUGGAGCUGCCGU